GAAAAUUGGGAAUGGAGCUUCUAUUAAUUUUGUACCACUUCCUGAUGGCUCCAACCGUGCGUUCUUGUCUAACCAAGUGGGCAAAAUAUGGUUGGCAGAUGUUCCUGGUAUCCAGUGAUGUUUUGGAUGUUGUUGAGUCUAAACCAUUUCUAGAUGUAACCAAUUUAGUGCUUCUCGAUACUGAGCUUGGUUUAAUGGGCAUGGCAUUCCAUCCAAACUUUGAACAGAACGGCCGUUUCUUUUUGUCAUUCAGCUAUGAUAAGAUGAGACAGCCAGGAUGUUUUGGGAGAUGUUCAUGUACUACAGAUGUGAAAUGUGAUCCAGCAAAGCUUGUUGCUGAUAAUGGUGUCCAGCCGUGCCAGUAUCAUAAUAUUAUAGCAGAAUAUACUGCCAACAAUGCGGCACUAAAGCCUUCCAUGGCACAUGUACAUCCACACUUCACUGGUGUCAAAAAAGGCAAAUCCAUUGGAGGUGAGAAGGAUACUCACAAUGGGUCUACCAACCAGAUUUCAUGCUGGACAAAGUUUUCUUUGGACCUGCAGAUGGAUUUUAUUAGAUGCAUAUACAUCAGCACAGCCAUCGCAGCAUAUCAAUUGCAGCAGAUCAAGGUCAUCCCUUGAUUCUAGGAAGGAAUUACAAAAAAGCAAUUAAUUGGCAAUUAAUUG